AUGAAAUCAUCCUCACGUUCAAUACUUCAGAAUCGAAAUGUUGAAAAUCGUCCAAUACCUUCGGAAUAUUUUUCAACAGUUGAUUCUAAGAAACAUAAUGAAGAAAAUCGAAAACAACCUGGAGCAUCAUCAUCAUCAUCAUCAUAUAGCAAUGCAGAUUUAAUUACAAAUCAUUUAAAUGAAACAUCAGCAGCAUCGAAAUCAACUACAGGAUCAUCACAACGUCAAUGGACAAUCAAUGAUUUUGAAAUUGGAGCACCACUAGGUCGAGGACGUUUCGGUCAUGUUUAUUGUGUUCGUGAGAAGAAAAGCAAAUAUAUUGUUGCUUUAAAAGCUAUUAUUAAAGAUCAAAUAUCCACGCCACGUUUAGCUAAACAAUUAAUUAGUGAAAUUUCAAUUCAAAGUCGUCUUAAACAUCCAAAUAUUCUACGUCUUUAUGGUUUUUUUCAUGAUGAACAACGAAUAUUUUUAUUACUUGAAUAUGCACCUGGUGGAGAAUUAUAUCGACGUAUGCAAAAAGAAAAAGUUUUACAAGAAAAUGAAGCUGCUGGAUUUGUCUAUCAACUUUGUAAUGCAUUAUCAUAUCUUCAUUCUAAACAAAUUAUUCAUCGUGAUAUUAAACCCGAAAAUAUUCUCAUUGGAGUUUAUGGAAUUCUUAAAUUAGCUGAUUUUGGUUGGUCAGCUGAAAGUAGUGAAGCUAAUAAACGAACAACUCUUUGUGGUACAUUAGAUUAUUUAGCACCAGAAAUGCUCAAUGGAAAUGGAUACGAUGAAAAAAUAGAUCUUUGGUGUUUAGGUGUUUUUACUUAUGAAAUGAUUGUUGGUAAACCUCCAUUCGAUAGUCAAACUCAACAAGAUACAAUUCGACUUAUUCGAACAAAUGAUUUAUCAUUUCCAUCACAUACAUCAUCUCAUGCUCGUGAUCUUAUUAGUCAACUUAUUCGUCGUAAUCCAUUAGAUCGUAUGCCAUUAAAUGAAGUAAUUCAACAUGAAUGGAUUAUUGAAAAUGCAAAUAUAAAAGCAAUUGAUGAAAAUUACGAAAAAAUUAAUAAAUCAACUUCGAUUAAUCAGAAAAAUGAAACAACAACCUUAACAAGUCAAUAUUCAUUUUGGCUUUAUAGAAAUGAAAAAAUCGAAUCACUCAAUGUAUUUAUACGUCCAGUAAUAUCUACCGAUAUUUAUGAUCUAAAAGUUUUAUUUUCUGAUUGUUCAUUAUUUCAACGUGCAUCGGUUGAUUUUUCAAUGUAUUAUUUUGCUUUUCGACCAAAACAUUCAUAUGUUAUUACAUCGAAACAUGGACUUUUAGCACAUGCAUCUAUUAAACAAUGGAAUUUUAAUCAUCAUUUAAGAUCUUCAAUAUUAAUGCUGGGUCUUGUUUAUGUACGGCCUGAUUAUCGAAAAUUUGGUAUUGGAGAAUUAUUAACAAAUUAUGUAUUAAAAAUAAAAUCCGAAGAAGUUAGUUGUAUUCAUGCAAAUAUUCUAACACAACAUCUACCAUUUUAUAUUCGAUAUGGUUUUCAAGCAUCAUUUUCUUUAGUUGGUUUAGUUGGAAAACUUGGUGAAUUCUAUAAUUUAACAAAUAUAAUUGAAGAAGAUGUAACUAUUCAACAAUAUGAAUUAUCAGAUAUACUUGAUAUUGCUACUUAUGAUAGUCAUAUAUAUCCUACAUAUCGUAUACAUUAUUUUGAACAAUUACGUGAACAUAUCUAUUCAAUUGCUGGUUAUGUUGCACGUUCAACAAAAACAAAUACCAUAUUAGGUUAUAUUAUUUUAAAUUUUAGUCAAGAAUUUAUUAAAUGUGGACCAUUAUAUGCUGAUAAUAUAAAUAUUGCUUUAAUGUUAUUAAAACAAUGUGCAACUGAUUAUGAUGGUACAAUGUUAUUAACAUUACCUGAAGAUAAUCGAUUAGCAAUAAAAAUGUUUGAAUCAAAACAUUUUAAACAAACAAAUAUUCUUCAUCGUGUUUAUACAGGUAGUGAAAAUAUUUUUCAUGGUAAAGUUUUUGAACAUAUUUGGGCUGUUACAGAUGAUUGGCUUUCAUUAAUUUAA